GAAGCAUCAAGAAACGAGAUAGAGAAGAGGAGGAAUAAGUUUUUGAGGGAAAAGUGAAAAGGGGUUCAAGAAAAGAUCAAUCUUUCUUGCUUUAGAGAUGGCUCUAUUGCGCCUUCUCACACAGGUUGAAAGGCAGCAACCUCAAUUGAAGCAACUAAGCAAUUUUCUCAAUAGAACCUAUCUUACGUCUGGAAAGGGGAUAGGAGGCGGAGUACAUGGAGCUGGAAGAACCAAGGGAAGGUUUCGGUCAAGUUAUGUGGGCAGCCUAGCCCGGCGGGUACGUGAAAUGGAAGAAGCUACUGAUGCAGCUUAUCUGAGAGAGCUAUAUCAUAAGAAUGAUCCAGAGGCAGUCAUAAGAUUGUUUGAAGGUCAACCUUCACUUCAUUCUAAUCCAGCAGCACUCUCAGAGUAUGUUAAGGCACUGGUUAAGGUUGAUAGAUUAGAUGAAAGUGAGCUGCUUCGGACAUUGCAGAGAGGGAUUAGCGGUACUGCUAGCUCUCAUGCAGAAGAAGCAAAUAUAGGAGCUCUUUCAGCUUUUAGGAAUGUUGGCAAAGCUACGAAGGAUGGUGCUCUUGGUACUCCUAAUGCUCCCAUACAUAUGGUUGCUGUUGAAGGGGGUCAUUUCAAAGAACAGUUGUGGCGUACUUUCCGCGCUCUUGGAAUGGCCUUUCUCUUGAUUUCAGGUGUUGGUGCACUCAUUGAAGAUAGAGGAAUCAGCAAAGCUGCCUCAGGACUUGGUCUCAAUGAGGAAGUGCAGCCGACCAUGGAAACCAAUACAAGAUUUGCUGACGUUAAGGGUGUUGAUGAGGCGAAAGGGGAAUUGGAAGAAAUUGUUCACUAUCUCCGAGACCCUAAGGUCACGGGUUCAAGCCUUGGAAACAGCCUCUGGCAGAAAUACAAGCGAUUCACUCGUCUUGGUGGCAAACUCCCAAAGGGUGUGUUACUUGUUGGCCCCCCUGGAACCGGUAAGACCAUGUUGGCAAGAGCUAUAGCAGGAGAAGCUGGGGUUCCCUUUUUCUCAUGCAGUGGUAGUGAGUUUGAAGAAAUGUUUGUGGGUGUUGGAGCCCGAAGAGUAAGAGACCUUUUUGCAGCUGCUAAGAAACGAUCACCCUGUAUUAUAUUCAUUGAUGAAAUUGAUGCUAUUGGAGGAAGCCGUAAUCCAAAGGACCAGCAAUAUAUGAGGAUGACUUUGAAUCAGUUGCUUGUUGAGCUGGACGGCUUCAAACAGAAUGAUGGAAUCAUUGUGAUUGCGGCCACUAACUUCCCAGAGUCAUUGGAUAAGGCACUGGUGAGACCUGGACGGUUCGAUCGCAACAUUGUUGUCCCAAAUCCUGACGUUGAAGGUCGGAAGCAGAUCCUGGAAUCUCACAUGUCAAAGGUUGUGAAGGCAGAUGAUGUCGACCUUAUGAUCAUUGCUAGGGGGACUCCUGGGUUUUCUGGGGCUGACCUUGCCAAUUUGGUUAACAUUGCUGCUGUGAAGGCUGCAAUGGAGGGUGCCAAAGCUGUAUGCUUGGCUGAUCUAGAGUAUGCUAAGGACAAGAUUAUGAUGGGAAGUGAGCGCAAAUCAGCUUUCAUAUCCAAAGAGACAAGAAAGCUUACAGCCUACCAUGAAGGUGGCCAUGCUCUUGUGGCUAUUCAUACUGAUGGGGCUCUUCCAGUGCACAAGGCAACCAUCGUUCCACGUGGAAUGGCUCUGGGUAUGGUUGCUCAAUUGCCAGAGAAGGAUGAGACUAGUAUGUCCCGUAAGCAGAUGCUUGCUCGGCUUGAUGUUUUCAUGGGUGGACGAGUUGCUGAAGAGCUCAUUUUUGGAGAAAGUGAAGUAACUUCUGGUCCUUCUAGCGAUCUCAAGCAAGCAACUAAUCUAGCCAGGGCCAUGGUUACAAAGUUUGGUAUGAGCAAAGAAGUGGGGCUUGUCACCCACAACUACAAUGAUAAUGGGAAGAGUAUGAGCACUGAAACGAGGCUUCUCAUUGAGAAGGAAGUACGAGAAUUACUUGAAAGGGCUUACAACAAUGCGAAAAUGAUUCUCACCACCCACAUCAAAGAGCUUCAUGCUCUUGCCAAUGCAUUGCUUGAGCAGGAAACGAUGACUGGAAACCAGAUUAAGGCUCUGCUUACCCAGGUCAAUUCUGAACAAACACAGCAAAAGCAACCUCAAUUAGUCACAGAGGAGAGCCCAUCACAGUCCAAUCCAUCUCCUCCAUCAAAUCCGGCUGCUGCUGCAGCAGCAGCUGCCGCGGCCGCUGCAGCUGCUGCCACUGCCGCAGCCAAAACUAAAGGCAUUGCUCCUGUAGGAUCUUAGCAUGGUAACUUGUUGCUAGUUUUUAUCAAUCCAUGUGCAUAUAGUGGAUCAUUCUCAUGCAAGCUUUCCACCCUUUCAUUGCUAUCAAGAAGGUGAUUAGUGUAUGGAGGUGAGUUUAGAGGUCAACGGAAAUAGCAACAGAUAAAUGGCAUAUCAAUGUUGUCAAGUGUGUCAUUUUUAGUUGUCCUAUGACCUCUUUCUUCUGGUGUUAUAAAGCCACUUAGCUGACCUUACAUAUUUUAGUUUAAUUAUAUGCAGACUCAUUGCCAAUUUGAGUUGGAUAUUUUUCAAGAGUAUCGUAAAAUUAGGAGUGUCAGAAACUUUAUAACUUUCCAAUAAUGCAAUUACUGGUUACCAACA